GCGAAAAGUCUGGUCAUCUGCAGAGCGAAAAGUCUGGUCGUCUGCAGCUGCUUUGGAAAGAGGGGGAUCAGGAGAGAGGGAGGAGAGGAGAGAGAAAGAAAUUGACAGGAAGCCACCUCAUUAAACACUGACAGUGUGUCAAAGACAAAGAAGAGGAGAAAGAGUGUGUCCAGAAGAACACGGCAACACCAUAUGUUGGUCUUAAAAGUGGAAGAGCAAGCAGAAAGAGGGUGAUCUGUUACUUUUAAAGAGGAAAGCAUAAAGUAAAAAGAAACUUUCUGUGGAAAAGUAAGAGAUCAUGUCGACACUGCCGGCAGAGACAGGCCCUGAGGAUGCCAAUAACAAGAGUUUCUGGAUGCCAGGGAACUACCACCAGACAGUGAAGCGGACCGAGGAUGCCUUCCAGGCAUGUAAUGACAUAGUGGCAUGUUUCCAGGAGAGGGCCAGGGUUGAGAGGCAGUAUGCUCAGCAACUUAGCGAGUGGAGUAACAAGUGGAAACCUUUAGUGGAUGCCAGUCCUCUAUAUGGCUCUCUGUUGCGAGCGUGGCAGUGUUUCCUCUCCUCUGCUAACCGCCUCUCCUCACUGCACUCCUCCAUCUGCCGUGCUCUGGUGUCGGAGGACGGAGACCGCAUCCGUACAUGGCAAAAGGAGACUUUCCAUAAGAAGAUAUUUGGAGGUUUCAAAGAGUCUCAAGACUUUGAAACAGGUUUCUCACGUGCUCAGAAGCCCUGGGCCAAGAGACUGAAGAAGCUAGAGAAGGCAAGGGCAACAUUUCACAAAGCUUGCCGUAAGGAACACAUGGCUCGUGAGCGGGAGGCCCACACCCAAGGAAACCCUGACAUUGCCAUCGAGAAACAGAGGAAGAUCCAAGAGGAGACUGAGCUGGCUCAUCAGGAGACUGAGAAAGUGCGAGCCCGCUAUGAGAAGGUUCUGGAGGAAGUUACACAUUAUGCUCCUCGCUACAUGGAGGAAAUGGAGUCUAUCUUUGACCAAUCACAAGAGGAGGAAAGGAAGAGGAUAAGCUUCCUCAAACAGGCUUUCCUGUCCAUCCACAGACACUUGGAUGUCACCAAUAAUGAUAGUGUGAAAGCGGUGUAUAAUGAGCUCCACAACACUCUGAUGUCCAUCAGUGAGCAGGAAGAUUUGCGCUGGUGGAAGAACACACAUGGGCCAGGCAUGCCCACUGACUGGCCUCAGUUCCAAGAGUGGACUCCAGACAAGAAACAUAAAAAGGGAAAGAACGAGGUUGAGCAGAAAGCAGCAGUGAUGGAGAGAAGUGUAAUGAUUGGAGGGGUGAGAGUCAGAGCUCUCUAUGACUAUGUUGGACAGGAGACAGAUGAACUGUCCUUUAAAGCAGGUGAAGUGUUUUUGAAGGUCGAGGAUGAGGAUGAUCAGGGUUGGUGCAGAGGCAUGAUGGAUGGAGGGAAAGAGGGUCUUUACCCAGCUAACUACGUGGAGGUUGUGUAAAACCAUAUAUUUCUUGCAGUCCUGAUGAUAAUGCUCAUUAAGGGGAUAUUCAUCUGAGCACCUACCUGUAAAUGAAUCCAGCUCUGGGGUCCUUAAAUGCUCUGUGCUGUGCAGGUGCCAAGUUAAUGCCUGUUUCAGCCAUUUUUAUUGAAGUUUGCUUUGUUUUCUCUGAACGGGAUGACAGAGAUACUGUACAGGUUUAAAGUUGACUUUGAUGAUUGAAGUUGGUAAAGAAAAUGCUUCCAAAAGUGCUUUCACUACAAUCUUACUUGAGAACAAAUUAAUAUAAUAUUUUAUUGUGCCAUACUGUGACUUUAAAGGGAUAGCUCACCCAAAAAGGAAAAUUCUUUCAUCAUUUACUCACCCUCAUGUGUUUCCAAAUGAGUGUGACUUUCUUUCUUCCAUGGAACCCAAAAGGAGAUAUUAGGCAAAAAUAGGAAUAGAAAAUGAAGACUGCUAAUAAGGCUUAAAAAUGUAUCCAAAAAGAAUCAUGAGGAGAGGUGAUCAUUGCCACAUGUCAAAUGGUUACUGUCAAAACAUCAAAUGCCAAUUGAUAGCAAACGAGCAAAGCACUCAAUCUCCAAUGCAGAGUGUUUAAUUCAUAGGCAACAAAACAUUGAAAAGCCAACGCGUAUCGGCAGACUAGCUGCCUUCAUCAGGGCAUGAGAAAAUACAUACACCAGUGCCAUAUUUAAGUGAUACUCAAUUGGCAGCAGCGACGCCUAAAGGAUCGAUUUGCUGAACAUAAGCACGCUAUUAGAUCAACGAACAAAAUGUAUCCUAUGGCGGUACACUAUAAAGAGACAGGAGUCUUUUUGGAUUCACUCAUUACGUGCCACAGUGUAUCCGGGUAUAAAUGGUGAAUUGGAUUUAACUUCGUUUUUAUGAGUUAUUUAGGACUUAACAAGGUUUUUUGAAAAUUCAGUGGACUCAAUCUCUCUUCAUAUUGUGCAUGCUCUUCUUAUCUGGGGUAAUUAUGUGAGUUUUUUUUUGAGUGUAUGACAUUUGCUAAGUAUGUAAAUAGUGUGGUUUUUUGGAGUUUUUGUAAAUGUAUAUUGUUGUUGAUUGAUCAUUGUAUUAUGUGGAUGUUGAUAUACUCACUGUUUUGCGACUAAUUGUACUAAUUUGAAUGAUUGAUCUAUGACUGAAGCUCAUUGGCUGCUGCCAAUAAUAAGGAACUGGGGUAUGUAUAUACUCAUGCCCUGAGGAAGGCAGCUAGUCUGCCUAUGCGUGUUGGCUUUUUUAAAAAUGUUUUGUUGCCUAUGAAAUAAACACUCUGCAUUGAAGAUUGAGUGACUUGCUCUUUUGCUAUCAACUAGAGAUGGCAAUACGUUAAUCUCAGUCACCAUUUUUUUUAUAACAUCUUUUUUUUUCCUUACAUUGAAACUGUAAAUUCAGCCUAACUCCUUUUGUGUUCCACAUAAGAAUGAGUCACACAGUUUUGAAAGUAAGCAAUGACAUAAUUUUCAUUUUUGGGUGAGCUAUCCUUUUAACGAAGACAAUCAAAACAUGUAGAGAUUUUCAUUCGUUUAUGAUAUGAAUAGGUACGGAAAUCAUCUAAUAUUUAAAGAGAAUAUAAAGAGAAUGGCCUUGAUGCAUGAACCUACACAGUGCCAAAUAUUUCACUUUGAGUAUUUUAAGGACAAUGUCUCAUGCCAAAGAUUUUAGUGUUUAUUUACAUUAUAUCAAUGACAUAUUUCUAUUGAUAAGUUACAGUAUGAGUGUUACAUUAUACUGAUGCCUGAGGGCCAGAUGGUUACUGUUGUCAUCUACAGCUACACAUUUCAUGCCAAAUGUGUGUUAAUAUGAUCAUAUGCUAUGUGUAAUCUGCUUUGGAUCUGUCAUUAAGUGUCAUCUGUCUCACAUUUAACUGUAGUUGUAGUUACACUAAGGCAAUAUUAAUCAUCACCACUUUAAGGUUAUCAGACCCCACCGAGGUCUCUUCUUGUGUAUUUCUGUUGUGUAUAAGAUGUCAUACUAACCAAAGAAACUGUGUGUAUGCAAAUUAGGGUAUUAUUUGUUUGUACCAUAGUAAGAGUAAAUUACACUUGGAUCCUGGAAGUAUCUUAUGCACCAUAAUUAAUCUAUUGCAAGCAGUAUUAAAAGGGAUAAAGAUUA